UCAACCACCUGCUAAAGGCAACUCACAAAGUCAACCACCUGCUAAAGGCAACUCACAAAAUAACGCACCUGCUACUGCUAAACCUAAUCACGGCGGUUCUCCUCCUCCUCCUUCCUCAUCUAACAAGAAAAUCCUUACUGUCGUUUCCAAUUCUAAAUCCCAAUCUAAACCUCAAUCUGCCCCUCAAUUGAAGCCCUGCACAACAAAGAAAAAUAAAAAUAAAAAGCUUACUACUACAGCUAAUCUUUAUUUAACUAGAUUCUUGGAACUUAUUGAAAAAAUAGAUUUAAAAAGUUUAGUUUAUAAUAAAUAUAUAUUAUAUAUAUUACAUAUAUUUGCUAAAGCUUGUCAUCAUACCAUAUUACGUUAG